AAACCAGGAAAAAGUUAAAGCCAAAGAUUCAUCAGACAGACUGGCGGCUGACUUUGUGUGCUCAAGGAGAAUGCUGAAACAAAUAAUGCAGGCCCCGUAUACAAACCCAAAGCACAUGUAUGCUGAGUGGAGGAUAUUAGCCAAAUAUUUCAAAGGAACAAUAUACUUGACAAGUGAGGUUCCAGAGAAGGAGAAACACAAGGACAAGGAAGGACCCAGCAGCCUCCUGAAGAUUUAUGGUCCAAAGUUUGAGCAGUACAUGACAUGACAGGAGGGGAUCCUGAUGAUGUCCUGGAAACUGACUGUCAGUUCCGGUGUGUGCUGCAGCUGCACUUGAACGAGAUGUCGCUGCUCUUUGCCCCAGACAUGGAUGCAGUGGACCCAACACGCCACAAGGAAGACUUUAAGGACCUGGACAGCUUUGUGAGACUGAAAACACAGUCCGAUACAACAUAUCCACCUCAUUAUUAUAUAUAUCAGAAGUAUUUCCUGAACAAUUGGUGGACUGAAAACAAGUUAACAGGUGUCCCAAGGCUUCUGGUAGGCAAAAGGAACCGUGAUGGAGUGGUGCACACACUGCAGAUGCUACAGACAGACGACAUGCCUGGGUUGGCUGAGGGGAAGUGGCAACCAUCCGUAUGCAUCAAUGUCUUGGACAAGUUCCUCAAUUUUGUCAAAAGAAGGGUGGUUGCAGAACCUGACGUGGUUCAUUGCUUUGAGAAGUCUGCUCCGCCACGCCGUGACAUCCGCCACUACUGCGACCCCAACCUGGAAGACAUCCUACCCAACUGGUACAAACAGAAGCUCUUCAACGCACAAGAUGAAGAGAGUGACUGCAGCGGCGGUAGUAGCUAAAAAACAUAGGAUAGCAUGUCUCUUAUAAGCAACAUUAGGGCAGGCGGUGGCUGAACAGAUAGCAAGACGGCCCUGCGUUCAGGAGGACGCGAGUUCAAUCCCCGCCCGGUGCCACCAAGCUGGGAUUUUUCAGCCGCCGCCGAGUGGCUUAAAACUAUCCACAUGCUGUCCAGAAGACCACCUAUCAACCCGGACUCUAGAUUCUCGGAUUAAAGAUGAGCUCCGGGAGGGCAGCAUGAGCUAAUGCUAGAUGGCGCCACUAUAAACACACGCCUGCGCCAGAACGGGCUGGGCCGACCAUCAAGACCCACCGGGAAGAAGCCUUGGACCAACCAUCAGGAUCCACCGGGAAGAAGCCUACCGGCGCAAUAGGCCAAGACGUAAAAAAAAAAAAAACAAAAAAACAUUGAGAUCUGAGCCCCAAGAAACAAGAAAGUGCUGUUGAUCAGGGGAGUGGACUCCGUCAUAUAAUCCACUGUCGCCCAAGAGCCUUGCUUUGGCUGUGUCUGCUACAUCAUCACUGGAAACUCAAAAGGGGUCCAUACCCUGUCAAGAGGUUUAAGACCAUAUAGUGGCCAUUAAAUUUACAAGGAUUU